AAACCAUCUUCGUCCUUAGGAUCUGGCUGUGUAACUGCUUGCAGCUAGCCAUGGGUAAAGCACAGAAAAAGACAGGAAAGGGUCGGCUUGACAAGUAUUACAAGCUUGCAAAAGAACAGGGUUACCGUGCGCGGUCAGCCUUCAAGCUAAUUCAAUUGAACAAAAAAUACACCUUCCUCGAAUCAGCCCGAUGCUGUAUCGAUUUGUGCGCGGCACCUGGAGGUUGGCUACAGGUUGCUAGCAAGUACAUGCCUGCGAAUAGUGUCAUCGUCGGCGUGGACCUUGUACCAAUUAAACCUAUACCUCGUGUUGUCACGUUCGCUGCAGACAUAACCACUACGCAGUGUCGUAACCUCAUUCGUAGCGAGCUCAAGGAUUGGAAGGCAGAUGUUGUUCUUCAUGAUGGUGCACCGAACGUCGGUACUGCAUGGGUGCAGGACGCAUACAGCCAAUCGGAGCUUGUGCUGAUGAGUUUAAAACUUGCCGUGGAUUUUCUCGUCAAAGGCGGGACGUUUGUCACCAAAGUUUUCCGAAGUGUCGACUACAACAAUCUCAUUUGGGUCUUCAACCAGUUAUUUGGAAAGGUAGAAGCUACAAAACCCCCGUCAUCUAGAAAUGUGUCUGCUGAGAUUUUCGUAGUCUGCCGGGACUUCCUUGCACCCAAACACAUCGAUCCCAAGUUUCUGGACCCCAAACAUGUUUUUAAGGACCUGUCUACUACUAUUGCAUCUGGUACAGACAAAGGUACCUCUGCAAACAAUGCACAAGCAAAUGUGUUUCAACCUGAAAAGAAGCGUCGGAAACGUGAUGGUUACGAUGACGGGGACUACCUUUUGUUCAAAAAGGCUACUGCAAGUGACUUCGUUCGGGGUGCUGACCCAAUAGCUGUGCUCGGACUGGUCAACAAGAUAACUUUUGAGUUGCAAGAGGAAAAAGAGUGGUUGCAGCUUGAUAUCACUACUUCCGAAGUUCAGGCAAGCUGCGAGGAUUUGAAGGUGCUCGGCAAGGGAGAUUUUAAGAAUCUGCUCAGGUGGCGGUCUGCACUUCGUCAAGAAAUCGGCUUAGACGUGAAGGCGAAGGACGCUCAGGAUGUUAUAGAAACUGUCGAGAUCACCGAUGAAGUUGAUGAAGAGCAGCAGAUUCGAGACGAGCUCGAAAGAUUGAACGUCGAGGCAGCUGCGCGUACCAAACGUGAACGUCGUCGUGCAAAUGAGAUUAAGACCAAGACAAUUCAACGAAUGCAGCUUCAAAUGACCGCCCCAUUAGAUAUCGGUCUCGAGCAAAUCGACGCUUCACUAGGAAUGGGCCAAGAAGACAUUUUCGAUUUGACGGGCACUGAAAGGCAGUUAAGAAACAAAGGUGGAAUUGGGAUUAUACGGGUGGACGAAGACACGCCGGAGGAUGAAGACGAAGAUGAGUUGGCGGCAGUAGACGAUGAAGAGGAUGAGGUCCUCGAUUCUGAGGAAGAAAGGCAUCGAAAGGCAUCACAACUUGAGGCAGAAAUGGAUGACCUAUACGAUGCUUACCGAGAGAAACAGCAGGAGCGCGACGGAAAAUUCAAGGCCAGAGAAGCGAGAAAGAGGAACGGAAUCCUGGAGGAAUGGGGCGGAAUUCAGGAAGGCGAGGAUAGUGAAAGCGACGAGGAAGGCGGUUGGGAUCAAAUGGAGGCCGCAAAGGGGGGCGAUGACGAUUCCUCGGACGAAAGUGACAAUGAGGAACCCGAGACACCAGGUCGAAAGAGGAGAAGACCUCAAGCAACAGAAAUAAAGUCAAACAAGAAGGUCAAGCUCGUGACGAAGCUAGAGGAGCCAACUGCAGGCGGUCGUGCUUCCCAGGUAUGGUUCAGCCAAGAGCUUUUUGGUGGUGUAGAAGGGCUUGAUGAUAUAGAGGAUGGUGAAGAAGGGGAGGAUGUAGACAUGACAUCGGUGCAACAUGAUGGUGGCGAGGAAGAAUGGCAGGAUGAUUCUGCUGUUUCAUCGGAUGGCGACUUUGAAGUUGUGCCCCAGCGGGACGACGAUGACAUUGAAAUGUGGGACGCUGAGGGCGAAAAUCAGGAUGAGGCUAAGAAAGAACAUAUUGAAAAGUAUGGCCUAACUACGGUGGAAGCUGUGUCCAUUGCUCAGCGAUUAGUAAAUCGCCAAACUACCAAAACGCACCUUCUUAAUGACGGAUUCAACCGUUAUUCUCUUAACGCAAAAGACGGCUUACCGUCGUGGUUCUUGGAUGAUGAGGGAAAACAUUACAGGCCGAAUAUCCCCGUGACCAAGGAAGCUAUUGCUGCUCUGCGAACACGUCAACGCGCACUGGAUGCACGUCCAAUCAAGAAGGUCGCAGAGGCCAAGGGGAGGAAGAAACUACGGGCAACACAGCGGCUAGAGAAGGCGAUGAAAAAGGCAGAAGGUGUGAAUGAUACGUCAGACAUGACCGAGCGCGAGAAGGCAAAGCAGAUAGAGAAGCUUAUGCGUAAAGGAACUGCCAAAGCAAACCAGAAAAAGGAAGCGAAAGUGGUGGUUGCGAAGGGUGCUCACAAGGGAGUCCAAGGGAGACCAAAAGGCGUCAAGGGGCGUUAUGUUAUGGUCGAUGCAAGGAUGAGAAAAGAGACACGCGCCAAAAAACGGAGAGACAAGGCAAACAAAAAGCGAAGAUGAGGGUGACCAGUUUACCACUGUACCCCAAUCGAUUUCAUGCAACGCCCAUCUCAUUCAUCUCAUCCAUGACUUGAGAGCAUCGAUUAUUGUGUUUAGUGUAUACAAAGGUGGUAAGUUAAGGGACUGGGAGCAGACCCUGAGCAGGGAUUGAAACGGUGCUGAUAAGGUCACACGAUGCGAGGAAUCGAGUCCAAGCUUCACGACCUGCAGAAUCAUCAAGCGUCACCUAGUUCACGAAUAAGCUCACCGUAAAUUGAAAUCGGAUUGUCACACACCUGACAAGUUGUAAACUUCU